GCCAAGCCACAGGGCAACACAAAGGUGCGGGUCUCAGGAGCGACGACGUUAAGGGAGGGCCACGAGAUCCCUUAAUACCCAAGUCGAUGGCUGAUGAUCAUGGUGGGGGUCAAGCUUAUCCCCAAGUUGAAGACAGUAGUCGACAGUCGACGGAAAUCCAGGCUCCAUGGGGUUCCAUUCUUCAGAAAAAGCCAGUUGUGACUGUCCCUCCGAUGGUCCUCAAAGACCAGCCAUCACCGCCAAACUACUGGUCAGAUUUGGCAAUGCAGAUAUGGGAUGUCGUCCUCACUGUCGAAGAGAAGCUUGGUGAUUUCUUUGGAGUCUACGAUUCAAAGUAUCAGUGGGCAGUUAAUGACUACUACCUCCAGCAACUGAAGAUCGCUGAAAAACGGAGGAUUUCUCAGGAGGUAGAUCAGCAGAAAAUAUCGACCAUGGAAAAUGGGAUGUGUCCUGUGAAGGAGCAGCGGAUGGAAAUGCAGUCCGGAAGAGACGGCCGCGUUAUCUUCCCAAAGACCUGAAAUGCACUGUAGGUAACCACGAAAGGAAUGUCCUCCUAGGCGUGUACAGACAGUGGGAAGACAUUUCUGUCCUUGCUGUGUCAAAGCGCGCACGCGACUGCAUGCAUGCAAGCUUGAUAUUCGGCGGUCCAUGAUGUCAUUUGGAGGAAGCAGGAGCUGUGUCUAUCUGUUACUUAGCCGGCGAUCGUGAGUAUGCGAUAUAGUCUCUCUGUGCGAGAGGUACGAGUCAGUACGGUCAUCUCCGUCAGGUCAACGGUGGAGGUGAGUUUGAGGAUCAAUGUGGGUUGUGAACUACCGUCUUCACCCGAAUAGAACACCCGGUCAUUAUCGCUGCAUCUGGACCGACAGUUGUGUCAAAUACAGCUAUAAUGACCGGGCGUUCUCGGGUGAAGACGGUAGGGAGAAGUGUGGAGUGUGUCUUUUCCCCCUGACGAAGACCAUGUGGUGGCGGUUGAAACCGGCCGGGGUGCCACUACCCGCGGGCUGUGUGCAAUCAUUGUACAUGUUGUAUUCGCUAUAAUUGUGUACUCGACGAGAGUAAUACUUGUGCUUCUCUUGUGUGAUGUGCAUGUAUCUCACCAAUCAAUGGUUCAACCUGAAGUUUUCUCUUUGUCUUCGUCUCUUCGUUUUUCCUUGGUUCCUUCCGUCACUUGUUAUCUGAUUGAAUUCUUCCAUUUUUUGUCCUUUACUCUCUGUUCUUUGCGUGCCGAGCUUCCAUCUGUAAUUCUCUCCUCUUCCUCUUCUUCCCAUCUCUCGUUAUUUAUCAUGCGUUUCUCUGCACUUAAGAGGACACUGUCAUUUCUGUUCUGUCCUUCUGUUCAUCUCGUGUUCGGUUCGUUUCUGCUUUCACUUCAGAUGUUCCAAGAGCGCUUAAGAGCGCACUGUCAUUUCUGUUUUGUUUACUGCUAUGGCUAGGCAACGCGUGUGAAACCGGCAAUUAGGGUUUAGGGUUUAGACUCUU